CGUGCAACGGUCACUCUACAAAAGGGCUCUUGUUGCAUUUAUAAGUUUUAAUUUGUUUUUUAGUGAUUUUCAUAAACAUUCUGGUCGAAAAUCAUGAGCUAAGUGAGCUCACUGCGGCAAAAAUGCUUCCGUCGGAUAUUUGCCGCACCUGUGCGGCGCAGAACAACCAACUGCUGCCCCUGUCCACUUGCCUGGACAGAGACGCCUCCAAAAGCUACUAUGCGGUGCUCCAGGAAUUGACGCAAAUUGAUCUGGAGAGCUCCGAUGACAACCUGCCGCAACAUCUGUGCACCGAGUGCUGGACGCGAAUGGAAGGUGCCUACGCCUUUGUGCAGCAGGCCAGAAAAGUCAAUGGAGAGCUGCUGGCGCGGAUAAGGGAAUGUUUGGAUGAAAUGCCCAUUGAUAUUCCCGCGGAGCAGAACAUUAAAACGGAAGUGGACCUCGACGAAGGCGGCAACAAGUCCGGAGUGGAGGUGGACGCCACCGAAGCGGCUUUGGAACUGAAGUGGCAGCCGGAGAGUGACAGCGAUCAGGAAUUUUGUGCUGCGCCGGAAAGUGAUGAAGAUGAAGUGGAAAAGAAGUCCUAUCAUCUGCGUCGAAGCUCCCGAAAACUAAAGCAACCAGUGGAAAGCGAAAAUGAGGAAUGUAAGCCAUCUGAAGAACCAUCGCCUGUUAAGCGCCGUCGAGGUCGUCCACCUGGUCCAGCGAAAAGCCAGGCAAUGACCACUGAUGGCCGCCACGCAUGUGAGGUGUGCGGAAAGACAUUCUCUUGGUACCGCGACAUGCAGCGCCACGCCAGGAUCCACUUCGAGAACGCUUCCUACGUGUGCGAUUCCUGUGGCAAGGGAUUUCUGCGCAAGGACAAGUACAUAUUCCAUCUAAGAUGCCACAAGAAGCGGGAGGCGAAAUGGAAGGCUCUCCAGCUCGGAAAAGAGUGGCGUUUUGCUGAGCGUCUCUACAGCUCAGGGAGGUUGAAAAGAGUCGAGUGUAAGCUAUGCGGGUCGAUUUGCCAACGAAUGGAGGAGCUUAGAACUCACCUAAGGAGUCAUGCAGAUGUGGAGACCUUAGCCAAGUUGAGAAGGGAUAGUGACGUGGUAAGGGAGCAUUUUCCUGGCUUGCCUUGUGACUUGGACCAUAUUAGGCAACAGAUCUGCGGUGACAUAGCAGAAGGCCAUUUAGAGAAGUAUGCAUGUGUUGUGAAUUUCCACGGAUACGAGCUGGGACUCAGUGAUUCCGAUGAGGAGUGUGACAGCAAAGAGUCUAAAUACCACUGCUUGGUGUGCAAUAUGUCUUUCAACCGCAAACAUCGUCUGAUGAGACACACCCUGGAGGACCACUCCCAAUCUGCUACAACGCUGCCUUGGCAGCGCUGCAGUUCCUGUAAAGUUGGUUUCCUAUGCCUAACGAUCUACAACAAACAUUUGAACACGCAUUGCCACAGCAAAAUACGUAGAUAUCGCUGCCGUAAAUGUUCCGGGAGGUUUAUGUGGCCGGAAAACCUCCAAAGACACGCGUGCUCGCACCACGAGGAGAAACCGAUUGCCAGCCAAAUAAUGUGCUCCUUGUGCGAAACCUCGCUAACUAGCUUAUCGCAACUUCGUCUUCACCUAAUCACACACCAACAUGAUUUGAAUGGCAUUAAUCCGGAGUACAAUUCCAUGUUCUUUCGGUCGUUUUAUCCUGACGGAUUGAAGUGCAGUAUCUCGGAUCUUGCUGUGCGUAUAGCUGAGGAUUUCGAGGUUCAGGACUUUGAUCGCUAUUAUAAUGCUAGCACCGAAAGUGGACAGGAGCUCGAUCUUUUUGAAUCCGAAUCAGAGUUGAGCGACGAGGAAACAUCAAAACCAUCGCACAUCUGUCUUUUAUGUGGAGAAGUUUCGAGUUCACUGACGAUCCUAAUGCAGCACCAAAUAAGCGCACAUUCCGAUGGGGUGACUGAGCUUCCUUGUCACUGCGAGUACUGUGGAUCUGGCUUCGUAAGCAAAGCCCUUCUGCAACAACACCGUAGACACCGCUGCGAAAAGAAGCACUCCCGAUUUCACUGCCGAGUAUGCAAUAUCCGGUUUAUAUGGGAGUCGAACUAUGAGAAACACCAACUGACUCACCAUAACAAAACAAAAGAUGGAGAAGAAGAACCCACAAAGUUGAAGUGCGACCAGUGCGAAAAGGUAUUCAUCUGGCACAAAGAUCUCAAUCGUCACAAACGACUGCAUCAACCUCAGUCGGCUGCCCAGUUUGACUGUCCCCAUUGCCAUCGUAGGUUCCACCGCAAGGAUGGCUUAAAGUCCCACUUAAAAGUGCACGCGGGAAAUUCAGAUUACGUAAAUAAUCAGCCUGUCGUACCUGACGUUAACCAGGAAAUGACUCUGGCCCGGCUAAGUCGUCCUCAUGGUUGCAAGCUGAUUCAGUGCAUGAUCUGCCUCUCGCGUCACUCAAAGAUCAGUGAUCUCAGGGGUCACAUAAGUUCCCAUCAAUACGAACUGAGUUUUACCGAAGACAGAGAUAUUCCAAGUGCCUCGAGAGCCUUUUACCCGGAUCUGGAAAAUACCUUAGAAAAAGAUGAACUGGCCGAAAGGAUUAUGGCUGAUGUGCAAAAGCAAUUUGACUUAGACCGCUUUAGUUCCAUCACAAACGAGGCCGGCCUGGAGCUGAAUCUUGAUAGCAGCGAAACUGAUACUGAGGCCGAGCAGGAGGAGGAUCAGUCAUCUCCAAACUAUCCUUGCAACCUCUGUACGGCGGUUGUAAAGAGGAAGCAUCAGCUGUAUGCCCACCAACUGGAGGAGCACAAGUGGGAGGAGGCGCUCCUCGUAUGUUCCAACUGCCAGGCUAGAUUUGUCAAUGAAUCUUUGUUCGAUCACCACUCCAGAACCCUUUGCCACAAUUCGCAAAAGCUCUUCCAGUGCCGCAAAUGUCCGCUUCGUUUCCGCUGGCGGGACAAUCUGAAGCUCCACAUGGAAGUAUUCCAUCAGCUAGAUGAGCUUGCAAUCCAGGAUGAUUCGCCCAAAGCAGAUGGCGAUCUGCAGUGCGGAAAGUGUCAGCGCAGUUUUAGGAUGCAAAAAGAUCUCACGCGCCAUACUUUAAUGCACGGUCAGGAAUCAAACAUCUUCCGAUGCCGUUGGUGUGCACGUCGCUUUUAUCGCAAAGCCAAUCUUUUACAGCAUAUCGCGCGUCAUGGGAUAAGUGUUAACCAGUUGCCUUAUGCUGAAGCUAUACUAGACUCAUAUGUGAAUCCUGGAGGAAGGAAAAAGGUGGAGUGCCGAGUGUGCAACGUGAGCUUUCCCACCAUCGCGGCUUUGCGACUGCAUCUGGAAACCAUGCCCGCCGGUAGUCACCAUGACUACUCCUCGCUUCAAAACUACUCGAUUACCAACCAAAUGGGUUUCGAGAUGGAUUUGGAUGAUUCCGAGACUGAUGAUGAUGAGGCUAGGACGCACACAAAACCACCAGGAGCCCCUGCCUCCUAUACUUGCAAUAUGUGCCAACUAAGGUGUUUGCGGAAAUUCGAGUUGUAUCAACACCAGCAGGCUAUGCACCGGAUGGAGAAGAUCUCCGACGGCUGUGAUAGUUGCUUAUUCAAGAGCGUCUGUCCGGAAAUUAUUUCCCACCACAAAAGAACUCAGUGCGAAAACCGGGAAAAGCAGUUCACAUGCACACGCUGCGGCUACAAGUUCAUGUGGGAGUCAAACCUAUUGCAGCACAUGGAGUUGCAGCAUGAAAAGCCCGGGGAGCAGGAGCUGGAUGAAUCGAAGGAAGCGUCUGGUGACGAGCCCAAAGCCGAGGGCCAGGUCUUUCAGUGUGGUUUGUGUACCAGGAAGUACAACCGCAAAGAUCGGCUAAGUGCGCACUUGAAAAAGUUCCAUGGGCCCGACUGCAAACCGAAUCCAGCGAAGACUUCAAACAGACCGAUAUCCCCUAAGGAACCAAAGCGGUUCUUGUGUGCUUUCUGCGGCAAGGCGGUCAGCUCUUCCUCCAACUUAAUCAUCCACAUGCGUCGCCAUACCGGUGAGAAGCCCUUCAAGUGCGAGUACUGCACCAUGGCCUUCCCCCGAUCCUCUGAUCUCCAGUGCCACCGACGGACGCACACCGGCGAACGUCCACACGUAUGCACAGUAUGUCAAAAGGGAUUCGCUCGCUCCUACAAGCUGCAGCAGCACAUGCGAAUCCACAGCGGGGAGAGGCCCUACAAGUGCACCUACUGCGAGAAGAGCUUCACGCAAUCCAACGACCUGACCCUGCACAUCCGACGGCACACUGGCGAGCGUCCCUACCAAUGUGGCGUCUGCGGAGAGCGCUUUAUCCAGGGCACUGCUCUGAAGAACCAUCGCAUGCAGCAGAGCCACUACGAGGAGGGUCAGGAAUCAGGACAGGAGCCCGCUAGGCGCACGGUUCUAGAGCAGUUUACUCUAUGAAAUAGACAACAGGAGAACUACCUAUUUUGUUAAGCGAUGAUAUAAGACAGAUAACGCGGUAUUAACAUACACAUUUUAGUUUUUAUGAUGUUUUUAAACAUUUUAUACAUUUAUUUUGUUAAUGUAAAGAUGAAAAUAAAAUAAC